GCGAAUUCAGCAAAAAAAAUUUUUUAAAAAAUUAGAAUUUAUUAUUUAUAACAAAUAUAAUAUAAAUUAGGGAACUGAUUCAGAUAUGAAUAGUAGUGAGCAGAAUGUGUCCGAUUCGUGGGAACAGUACGCAGAUGAAACAGAGCUUGAAAAAAGAUUAGAAAAGGAGAAAGUGAAACGUGAGCAAGAGGAAGAAAUGUCAGUGACAAGUCAAAAUGGAUUAGCACUUAAUGGUGGCAGUGAUGAUUUUAAGCCUAGGAUAUUACAAAGAUCACAGGCAAAAGGACAGCAGCAGAAUCAAAUAAAAAUAUUGAAAAGACCAGAAUCGUUAACGCCGUCAAGUUCAACUGGUAACUUACAGAAUAGCUCAAAGCCUCAAAUGAAGACAUUAGAACAAAGAGAAAAGGAGUAUGCGGAAGCGCGAAAAAGAAUAUUAGGAUCUGCUGAGACAUCUCCAAUCGAUCAGAAUCCAUUGAACAAGCCAGUGAUUUUUAACAAGGUAUCUCCAUCAUCGUCUUCUAAUAAUCUGCAAAAUUAUAAUAGUCAGCAAUACCAAUUCUCACAGCAACAACAGCAGCUACAGCAACAACAAAGAAUUCCUGAUAAUGUAAUAAGGGAACCGAAAGGACCUAGUAAUUUAAAUCCAGGAUUUAGGAUACGACGAUAGCUAAAUUCCAUAAAUUGUCAUAAAAACAUCAUACACAUUAUGAUUAACACUUUCCUUUCCUACUUACUUAUUAUGUUAAAAUUUGGAAAUUUACCUUAUUAUUUCAUUAUUAUGAAUUGAUUAUUUUUAUGAACUGUACAGAUUGAGAUAAACGACUUAUAUGACAUUU